GUGGAGGCGGAGUGAGUAAGCAAGAAAAAGUGAGGGAAGAGAAGGGGAGGAAAGGGCAUGUGGAAACUUCAGUUUUCGCCCCGCCACCGUUGAAAGAGGAAUCCGAAGUCUCAGAGCUGCUCUAACCAGCACCGAAGCCUCUCAUAUAUCCAUCCCAUAACAGAGAAAAAAAAGGAAAGAAAAACGAAACAAGUCUUUGAGACACCGAUGAUUGCUUGUUUCAUGCCAAUAUUUGCAGCUUAAGAUAUACUAUUUCAUUCACCUAUUCACCCUUCUCUCUCUGAUAUAUAUCUACAUACAGCGUUAUUUAUAUAUAGAUAUAUCCCAAAAGAAGUUAACAUAAGGUAACGACCAUGAGCGAUCUUGAUAGCCCUACCGACCCACAUUCUUUCAGUCGUCCUGACCAAUGCCGUUUAAUAUCUUUGGACCUUGUUUGGGAUAUCGAUUUUGUCAAAAAAGUUAUCAAUGGCACCGCUUACAUUGAUUUAGAAAAAAACUCGGCUUCCAUUACGACAGCGAUAUUUGACAUAAAUAAACUGAGUAUUCGACGUGUAUUCUGCAAGGAAUCCGGGAACAACCUCGAGUAUGAAAUUGGUAACCCAGAUGAAACUUUUGGUUCCAAACUGGAAGUAAAAUUGCCAAACGGAAACAAACUCAAACUCACUGUUGGUAUAGAAUAUGAAACCAGUCCUGAUUCAUCAGCCUUGUUUUGGUUAUCACCACUUCAAACUGCUGGAAAGCAGCAUCCAUAUUUAUACAGCCAAUGUGAGCCAAUUCAUGCCCGGAGUUUUGUACCCUGUCAGGAUUCACCUGGAGUUAAGUUUCCUUACACAGCAAAGGUGACAGUCUUAAAGGAAUUUGUGGUCUUGAUGAGUGCACUUCAACAGAGUUCCAAUGUAUGUCGAUCAAAUUCUUCAAAAAUGGAAUUCUUCUUCAAACAGCCAGUGCCAAUACCAAGUUAUUUGAUCGCUAUUGUUGUUGGAGACUUGGCCAGUCGUAACAUUGGACCCCGUAGCAAAGUAUGGUCAGAGACGGAAUUUCUUGACAAAGCAGCUUUUGAGUUCUCUGAGACUGAAGAGAUGCUGAAAGUUGCUGAGAACCUGAUGGGACCCUAUGUAUGGAGUCAAUAUGAUCUUGUUGUGCUCCCACCAUCUUUUCCUUAUGGUGGCAUGGAAAAUCCCUGCCUCACAUUUGUUACCCCAACACUCUUGGCUGGAGAUAAAUCACUAGCUAAUGUUAUUGCACAUGAAAUAUCUCACAGUUGGACUGGUAACUUGGUCACUAAUUCUACAUUUGAACAUUUCUGGUUAAAUGAAGGCCAUACGACAUUUGUAGAGAGAAAAAUUUGUGCUAAGCUAGGUUGUGGGGAACCAUUAAGAAAUCUUUUAGGCAUGAUUGGAAAAAAAUCCUGGGCAGAUUAUGUUAAUAAUCCGAACACUAAGCCUAAUUUUACUCGAUUGGUACCCGAACUCAAAGGAGUAUCUCCUGAUGACUCCUUUUCUUCUGUGCCUUAUGAAAAAGGCUAUGCCUUACUCUAUUAUUUGGAAGACCUUGUUGGUGGACCAGAGGUUUUUGAACCAUUUUUAAAAGCUUACAUUGAACAUUUCAAGUAUCAUUCAAUUAACUCUCACCAAUGGAAAGAGUUUCUGUUGUCUUACUUUACAGAAAAGGGCAAGGGCAGUGCUUUAAGGAGAGUGAACUGGAAUGACUGGUUCUUUGAGACUGGAAUGCCAGCAGUACCGAUAUCGUAUCAGUCAUGCCUUGCUGAUGCUUGCCAGCAACUAAGUGAAAGAUGGUGUUCAACUGGAGACAGUAACUUUGGACAGUUCUCUUCAUCAGAUCUUGACCAAUUCUCCACUCCACAGACGUUGGAAUUCCUCAACCAGUUGAUGGAACAGGACCCCUUUAGUUUGACCAAGAUUGCUCAUAUGGAAUCGGCAUAUCACUUAUUUUCUCAGGGAAACUCAGAGAUUCUGUUUCGGUGGUUAAGACUUUGUCUGCGAGCUAAAUGGAACAAGUGCAUUCCUCAUGCUGUUAGCUUCAUUAAUAAACAAGGCCGGUUGAAAUUUCUCCUACCAAUAUACGAACUUCUGUAUCAGUGGGAAGACACCAGACAAUUGGCAAUUGAUAAUUUCCAAGAACACAAAGAGGAGAUGCACAAUUUAGCUGUCACAAAGAUUUCUAAAAUGUUGAAACUUACAUAAUUAUUAUAAAAUCCUGUUUUUUUUCCCCUUU